UUGCAUUCAAUUCUUCCAGCUAAUGGCGCUCCUGUCACACGUCAAGGGACCGAACAUGUACGGCAAUUGUAUGAUCAAUAUGUGCGGCAUCGUACAAUGCAAGACUGGAAAUUUUGGAUUUUGGGACUUAUUUUGGAACCCCUGCUGACCUCAUAUACUUCGUCUGUGUCUAGUGCCAGUUUGGAAGAAUUACGACGUACGGCGUUUUUAUGGGUUGACCAGCAUUGUUCCUUAAUUGACCUACGACCAGCGGUAUCAAAUAAGUUGAAAUACUUGUCAAUGAAGACAGACAUUCUUUCCGAUCCGCCAUCAACUUUGCAGGAAGAGGUCGCAAAAGCAGUUUACAACAACAUAGGGCAUCAUCCCAAUUUACAUGGAACUUAAAAUUUACAACACACAAGUGUAGUUAGAAAACUGUUAAGCAUAGUGAUAUA